AUGUCUCGACCAGACAUUGGCGACAUCUACAGAGAAUCUCUAAAAGCACAUAAAGAAUAUGAGGCUUGUUUAACUACUACUAUAUAUGGUGAUACAUAUUUGGACCCGGAAAAAUGUAAAGCCAGAGGGCCUUUGAGGAGGAGGAAGAAAGGGUCGAUUUGUCUUUGGAGUAGAUUGAGAGAACGACAAAAGAAAAAGGAUUUCGCGCUGGAUUCCAGGAAUGGCUUGACAAAUCCGCAAGAAUUUGUAAACAAAGAUCCGAAAUCUCUGUCUUACUUUAACGACUUGGACCAUUCUCCAAAGAAAGGAAAUGAGAGUGAUAAAAAGUUAUCCAAAAAGAAAAUUCGUUCUUUACUGAACAAAGCUUCGCACCUUGUUGACUGUAAAAUCAGACUCGAUGAUGGAAUCAAUAUUAAGAUUGUUAAAGUUAUGAGCGCGAAGAUGGACAAAGACAGUGUUUUUUUAGAGAUGAAAGAAAAAGUGGAAGAUAAAUUAAAAUACUACGAAAUUAUGUAUCAGCAAGAUAUG